AUGCCUUUGAACCUAGCUCGGUGCGGAGGGGGUGUUCUCCAACACCUCCAGCUUAGCGAGGCCUUCUCUCGUCCCGUUCGCCAGGCCAUCUCUCAGAGCCAUGUUAGACGCAUGUCCCUCGCCGCUCUGAGUCGCUUCUCGACCCCCAAUGUCAGAUAUGCACCUCUUUCCGCUGCCCUCUCCAGACACCUGACCAGCGGCUAUGCGACUGCGGCUUCCCCCAAGGGGCGCGCCAGCACCAAAUCGACUUCCACCAAGACGACCAAGUCUACGAAGUCCACCAAGUCUACCAAGAAGCCCCGGGCAAAGAAGGUGCUCACCGAUGAGCAGAAAGCCGCCAAGAAGGAAGCUAAGGAGAAGAGCGACUUGAGACAGCUUGUGAAGCAGCUGAAGGCCGCGUCUCUUACGCCGCCCAAGAGGCUCACCAACCACUUCACCCUGACUAUGCUGAGCAAGCUUGAGGAGGUCAAGAAGGAAGGAAAGGGAUUGAAGGGCAAGGAGGCAUUCAAGGAGGCCGCCGACCGUGCCAAGAACAUCAGUGAAGCCGAGCGCGAGCAAUUUGUCGCUACUGCUGCUACCAACAAGGAAGCUUACGAGAAGGAAUACAAGGAGUGGCUCGACUCGCACAGUCCCUUGGAGAUUAAGCAAGCCAACGACGCCCGGCGAAGACUCGCCCAGAUUCAGAACAAGAAGUUCUUCCCUCUCCAUGACCCUCGCCUGGUCAAGCGCUCCAAGAUCGCGUAUUUGUUCUAUGCCGAGGAACGCCAUCAGGCUGGUGACCUCAAGUACAUGUCCAUCCCCGAGCGUGGUGUGCGGAUUGCGGAAGAAUGGCGAGGCAUGACCGCUGCAGAGAAACAGAAAUACGUGCGACUUCAAGAAGUUGAUGCCGACCGGUACGCCCGGGAAUACAAGGUCGUCUAUGGCGAGGAUCCCCCCUAUGUGGGAAAGAACGCGACUAAAUGA